AUGUCUGUCGCAAAGGAAUUCGAAGCAGCCAAUGCCAAUUAUGUCGCAUCCUUCACCAAGGGCGACCUGCAGCUACCCCCACAGCGAAAGGUAGCCGUGGUGGCCUGCAUGGACGCGCGCCUUGAUCCCGCCCGCGCCCUCGGUCUUGAAGAAGGAGAUGCCCAUGUAAUCCGCAAUGCCGGCGGCAGAGCCUCAGAUGCACUGCGCAGCGUCAUCAUUUCGCAGCAGCUGCUGGGCACCCGCGAGAUCGUUAUCGUGCAUCAUACAAACUGUGGAAUGCUCACCUUCACCGAAGAUGUAAUCAGAGACAAGAUCCGUACGGAGCUACACCAGAACGCCGAUCACAUUGCGUUUUUGCCCUUCGGGGAUCUCGAGCAGAGUGUUCGGGAUGAUAUUCAGAUAUUGAAGGAUAGUCCGCUUGUCUUGGAUGUUCCAAUCACAGGCUAUGUGUAUGAAGUUGAGACUGGGAAGAUUGUUCAGAUUGGAGAGAAUCAGUAA